CUAACACAGCGCCCCCUGCAGUACCGGUCGCGACGUAACACCUUGGUCCGCUGUAACGUUGUAAACGUCGUAUUGGAUCGAACCGUUUAUUUACCUCGACGACUUUCCACACCCUCUGCAAAAGAGGUGACCGUGCUCACGCAGCCGUGAUGCGAGCUCCUCUGCGGUGGGUGCUGUGGGACGUGAAAGACACCCUGCUAAGGGUCCGUUCCUCGGUCAGUGAGCAGUACUGCGACGAGGCCAGACGGGUGGGCCUGAGCCUCGGGCCCGCCGAAGUGGACGCCGCGUUCCGCCGGGCGUAUGGACAUCAUUGCAGCCGGUUCCCAAACUACGGCGUCGCUCAGGGAAUGGACGGAAAGUCUUGGUGGACGGCGGUGGUGAAGGCCACCUUCUCUCAUUGCGGCGUGCGCGACCCGGUCCUGCUCACUACAGUGGCCCGCAACCUCUACCAGAACUUUGGCCAUGCAAAGAACUGGGAGGUAUUUCCGGACUCAAAGUCAGCUCUGGUGAGCUGCACCUCGCUAGGACUGCAACUUGGAGUGGUUUCCAACUUCGACAACCGCCUGGAAGCCAUCUUAUGCGCUUGCGGGCUGCGUGCUCACUUUGACUUUCUAGUGACGUCGGAGGCAGCGGGCGUCGACAAGCCCAACGCGGCCAUCUUUGAUCAGGCCAUACGGAAGUGCGGCGUGCCCCCCGGCAGCGUAGCUCACGUCGGGGACCAUUACGUCAACGAUUACGUGGCGUCUCGCUUAGCCGGAAUCCACGGCUUCCUUUUAGAUAGAAAAAAUGACUCGGAUGGACGACCCGUCCCACGAGAGCAUCGGCUUUCGUCGUUGGAUGAGCUGCCCGCACGGCUUAAGAAACACAUGGAUGAAUGCUCCUGAUUAUUAUUUUUAUUAUUAUCUAACAUGUCAACAUUACAUAACUGUCCUUUGACAGUGAUUCUUGCAAAAUAAAUUUCAAUG